AGACGAACGUUAGCUGGUUACGCCAGAUAGUUUUAAAUAACUGGAAGUGAAGUACAUAUGCCUAAAUGACUAAAAUCAGCGGUUUCACAAUUAGAUGGCUAUAGAACUACUAAUGAGAAACUUCUUAAAUGAUUGGAUCCCUCUUUUAUAAAUAGAGACAGGUUUUUCACAAUUAGGCCUUCAUCUGAAUUCACAGUGGGAUUUUCCGGCCUUGACUGAAACGUCAACACUAUUAGAUAUGCCAUUGACGUAAUAUUCUUAUUGUUGCUGGUUUGACCUCUCAGAUACUCCAAGCUAUCCACAAAUCCUUAAAUUCGAGUUUCUUAUGAAAUUGUCCCAUGAGACGGUAACCAUUGAACUAAAAAACGGUACGCAGGUUCACGGAAGUAUUGCUGGUGUUGAUGUGUCAAUGAAUACACAUAUGAGGUCCGUUACUUUGACACUUAAAAAUCGGGAUGCGAUUAAUUUGGACACACUAACUGUUCGCGGAAACAAUAUCCGAUAUUUCAUUCUCCCAGAAAGUCUUCCACUUGAUACACUUUUAAUUGAUGAAGGUCCUCCGAAAAGAAAACCUGGACGGGAAGAACGCCCCACUAUUCGUGGACGAGGUCGCGGUCUUGUUCGUGGCCGUGGACGCGGUGGACCUCGAGGACGUGGUCGUGGUCCUCCGAUGCGUUACUAAAACCUUUCAUAUUAUGUAUAUGUCUAAUCAUCGAGUACUAUCCCCACAAUUUUAUUUCAACAAUAAAAGUUUUGUAUAAAUGA